AUGGAGGCGAUCACUGACAAGCCGGAUUGGACCACAAAGAUCUGGAAGGACGAGAUCACCGAUAAAUGGGAAAGCGAGAUCCUGCAAAGCGGCCUGGAUGUGUCUGAGUUGAUGGUUGAAUAUAUCUUAAAGGAGCUGCGUUGGAAGGCUCAACAGUAUGCAAAGACCGGUAUCAUCACGGCCUUCGAUCCAGGCGUGGUCAAGUCGGACACGGUCAUCCCGCAGGAUCUUCAGCAGAAGCUUCGAGACGCAGUGAAACCGCUCGAGGAGGUCUCGGAAGAACAAAAGGACUAUCAUCCUGGGUCUGGUGACAAAGUUGUCGAUUUGGUGCACCCGUCACUUUUCCCCCUCGUUUACGGUCGAACCAGAGUCCUCCGCGACUCAACCAUCGAUGUCGCCAACUGUUUCAGCAGCAUCGGACAAGGUACAGUGGCAGAGAUUGCCGAAGAUACAGGGCCGGCCUACCCGGGGAGAAGAAUAGCGGAACGAGUGGAACAGUACAGCAAACGGUUCCAGUGGCUUCCCUGCAAUGUGGACAUCGGACAAGAUGGAGAGUGUCGGAUUGUUUCCUACAUCAAUAAUCUGCACCCGGCAAAGCACAUGGACCUGUAUCAUGUUAUUGAGCAGAUUAUCACACGUACGAUUCCGCUCUGGAACAUUUCAAUUACUCGACUCGACGAUCUACCGCGGCGCAUCCACUACCAUACUGUCGAAUACCCCUCUGAUGAGGAGCCCGAGCCCGAAUGGAACCCAGACCCCAAUGACAGGCGCUACGAGGAAUGGAGCGAAAAACGCCAACCCAAGCAGCCUGAACCCCAUCCGCGUCUGCUCCAGCCUCCAAUGGUCGAGCCUCCCGAGCUGGUCGAUUUGCGCAACAGCUUUCGUGAGAGAGGGCUUCAAAUUAUCGUGAAAUUAGCAAAUAUUGAGCUCACGCCUGAGAAGCCUGAUUACGAAGGCGGAUCCUGGCACGUGGAAGGGCAGCUGAAUGAGAGAAUCUGCGCCACAGCGAUCUACUACUACGACUCCGAGAACAUCACGGAGAAUACACUUUCAUUCCGCCACCGUGCUGACUUGGAGUAUGUCCAGGACGUGUCGUAUGAACAGGGACAAUUCCAGUUCCUGCGCGUGUUUGGCUUCGAACCCGAUUCUGGUUAUCACGAUGAAGGUUCCUCUAUUACUCAAGAGUUAGGCGGAGUCUCGUGUCGAACUGGACGGUUGUUGACCUUCCCCAAUACCCUCCAGCAUCGCGUUUCUCCGUUUUCGCUCGCUGAUCGCUCCAAACCGGGCCAUCGUAAGAUUCUCGCGCUCUUCCUCAUUGAUCCCAACCGGCGCAUCAUAUCGACUGCCAACGUUCCUCCACAAAGAGAGGACUGGUGUAACAAUUGGAUCGAAGCUGCAAAUAAUGUACUGGCCAGUCGGCUGCCCGUCGAGCUACAGGAUAUGAUUCACGAGAAUCUAGACUUUACACCAAUGACCAUGGAUGAGGCAAAGGCAUACCGUCAGGAACUGAUGGAUGAGAGAGCAUUCAAGUCAGCAUCCGAAAAUGACUUGUUCACUCAGGGAGGCUUCAAUCUCUGCGAGCACUGA